AUGUGGAACCAAAUAACGACUCAUGGAUGCAGGCGUGGUCGCGGGAGAGGUAGUGAGGGACCCAAAAUGACUGGAAAUAACUCUGUGGACUUCAUGGCUGCACUUGAGUGUAUGGCUAUGGCUAUGCAGGCCACGGCUCAGAUACUUGGCCACCAAGAUGGAAAUGGUAAUGGCAGAAAUGGUGACAAUGGGCCGAUGAUCUUAGCGACCUUUCUGAAGCUGAUGGGAGAAGCUCAGUUCUGGUGGCUGGGAAUACUUCAUCUUUUGCAACAAGACAAUGUCGUAAUACCUUGGGACUCUUUUCAAUCUGAAUUCUACAAGAAGUCUUUUUCCAACUCAGUUAGGACGAAAAAAGAGAUAAAGUUGCUACAGUUAAAGCAGGUUUCAAUGUCAGUGGCAGAGUACAUCAGUCGAUUUGAGGAACUAUGCCGGUUUUCUAGAAUUUGUCAGGAUGCUCCAGGGAAUUUCGAAGAAUGGAAGUGCAUAAAGUACGAAGGUAGACUUCGGAGUAACACUCUGAGCACAGUAGGACUAAUGGAUAUCAGAACCUUCUCUAAACUGGUAAACAAGAGCAGAGUUACAGAGGAGUGCUCGAGGAAAGCUACUUUGGCUGAGAUUGAGAAUGACUACCAGGGGUCAUACAGAAAGGAGCAAGGAAAGAACCUUACACCAAGGAGUCAAAGUUUCAAGAGAAAUGAUUACAUCCCCCUACGUCUGCAAGACCAGAUCAAUUAUGGGAGGAAUUAUAAUCACAAUGGAAAUAGAAGGGGAAAGCAUAUAUGGACAUAUUCUGAUGAGUUGAGGUGUUUCAAGUGUGGAUUACCAGAGCACAAGGCUAUAGUUUGUCCACAUAAGAUGGCUCAAGAUGCCGGUCAAUCAUAA